UCGGGCCUCCUUCCUUCUGUCUCUCUCCCCGCACCCGCUCCCUGCCGCCCUCCCCACAAGGUUUGCCUGCAGGUGCCAGAGCUGAGCCCGACGGUGCCCAAAGAUGCUGAGCGGCGUCUGGGUCCUCAGUGUGUUAACCGUGGCCGGGAUCUUACAGACGGAGAGUCGCAAAACUGCCAAAGACAUUUGCAAGAUCCGCUGCCUGUGUGAAGAAAAGGAGAACGUUCUGAAUAUUAACUGUGAAAACAAAGGAUUUACAACCGUCAGCCUGCUCCAGCCCCCCCAGUACCGCAUCUAUCAGCUCUUCCUCAAUGGGAACCUGCUGACCAGACUGUACCCCAACGAAUUCGUCAACUACUCCAAUGCCGUGACCCUCCACCUGGGGAACAAUGGGCUGCAGGAGAUCCGAACCGGGGCCUUCAGCGGCCUCAAAACCCUCAAGAGACUGCACCUCAACAACAACAAGCUGGAGGUGCUGAGGGAGGACACCUUCCUGGGCCUGGAGAGCCUGGAGUACCUCCAGGCCGACUACAAUUACAUCAGCGCCAUCGAGGCCGGAGCCUUCAGCAAAUUGCACAGGCUCAAAGUGCUUAUCCUCAAUGACAACCUGCUGCCGGCCCUGCCCAGCAACGUGUUCCGCUUCGUCCUGCUGACCCACUUAGACCUGAGGGGCAACAGGCUGAAAGUCAUGCCUUUCGCUGGCGUCCUGGAGCACAUCGGAGGCAUCAUGGAGAUCCAGCUGGAGGAGAACCCGUGGAACUGCACGUGUGACUUGCUUCCCCUCAAGGCGUGGCUGGACACCAUCACCGUUUUCGUCGGGGAGAUUGUCUGCGAGACUCCCUUUAGACUGCAUGGGAAAGAUGUGACCCAGCUGACCAGGCAAGACCUCUGCCCCAGAAAGAGUGCCAGCGACCCCGGUCAGAGGGGCAACCACGCAGAUACCCACGUCCAAAGGCUGGCCCCUACGGUGAACCCUGCUCUCAACCCGACCAGGCCUCCAAAAGCCAGCCGGCCACCCAAGAUGAGGACCCGUCCGACUCCUCGGGUCACUGUGUCGAAGGACAGGCAGAGCUUCGGCCCGAUCAUGGUGUACCAGACCAAGUCCCCUGUGCCCCUCACCUGCCCCAGUAGCUGUGUCUGCACCUCCCAGAGCUCAGACAACGGUCUGAACGUCAACUGCCAAGAAAGGAAGUUCACAAAUAUCUCCGACCUGCAGCCCAAACCUACGAGUCCCAAGAAACUCUACCUGACGGGGAACUAUCUCCAGACUGUCUAUAAGACUGACCUCCUAGAAUACAGUUCUUUGGAUUUGUUGCAUUUAGGAAACAACAGGAUUGCAGUCAUUCAGGAGGGUGCCUUCACAAACCUGACCAGUUUACGCAGACUGUAUCUGAAUGGCAAUUACCUUGAGGUGCUCUAUCCGGCCAUGUUUGAUGGACUGCAGAGCUUGCAGUAUCUCUAUUUAGAGUAUAAUGUCAUCAAAGAAAUUAAGCCACUUACUUUCGAUGCUUUGAUUAACCUACAGCUGCUGUUUCUGAACAACAACUUGCUCCGGUCCUUACCUGAUAACAUAUUUGGGGGCACGGCCCUCACCAGGCUGAAUCUGAGAAACAACCAUUUCUCUCACCUGCCUGUCAAAGGGGUUCUGGAUCAGCUCCCCGCUUUUAUCCAGAUAGAUCUGCAAGAGAACCCGUGGGACUGCACCUGUGACAUUAUGGGGCUAAAGGACUGGACUGAGCAUGCCAGCUCCCCUGUCAUCAUCAACGAGGUGACCUGCGAGUCGCCCGCUAAGCACGCAGGGGAGAUCCUGAAGUUCCUGGGGAGGGAGGCCAUUUGUCCAGACAGCCCCAGCCUACCCGAUGAUGACAGCCUUCUGUCCAUGAGCCACCACACGGACACACCUCGGUCCCUGAGUGUGUCUCCCAGUUCCUACCCGGAACUCCACACGGAAGUUCCACUUUCCGUCCUUAUUUUAGGGUUGCUGGUUGUCUUUAUCUUAUCCGUCUGUUUUGGCGCUGGUUUAUUCGUCUUUGUCCUGAAACGCCGAAAGGGGGUGCCAAAUGUUCCCAGGAGUGCCAACAACUUAGACGUAAGUUCCUUCCAGCUACAGUAUGGCUCUUACAACUCGGAGACUCACGAUAAAACGGACGGCCACGUCUACAACUACAUCCCCCCACCCGUGGGCCAGAUGUGCCAGAACCCCAUCUACAUGCAGAAGGAAGGGGACCCAGUGGCCUAUUACCGCAACCUGCAAGAGUUCAGCUACAGCAACCUGGAGGAGAAGAAAGAGGAGCCAGCCCCACUGGCUUACACCAUCAGUGCCACCGAGUUGCUGGACAAGCAGGCGGCGCCCACCGAACCCGAGCUGCUCUAUCAGAACAUUGCCGAGCGCGCCAAGGAGCUCCCCAGCACCGGCCUCGUCCACUAUAACUUUUGUACCUUACCCAAGAGGCAGUUCGCCCCUUCCUAUGAAUCUCGACGCCAAAACCUAGACAGAAUCAAUAAAACCGUUUUAUAUGGAACUCCCAGGAAGUGCUUUGCAGGGCAGUCAAAACCCGACCACCCUUUACUGCAAGCUAAGCCGCAGUCAGAACCGGACUACCUGGAAGUUCUGGAAAAACGCACUGCCAUCAGUCAGCUGUGAAGGGAAAUCAUUUACAACCCUAUGGCAUCAAAGGCUGCUACUGUGAACUGUCGGAAGCGGCGCCUCGGCUUUUGUGUUUGUGUUCUGUCUUUCCCAGCUUCACGGGGGGCCUGUGAAAACGCUGGGGGCAGGGGGAAGCGAGGAUUCCGCUGUUGCAAGUUUUCCUUUAAAUUAUUUCUCUCUUUCUCUUGCUCUC